AUGGAGGACUCGGACUCGGCCGCCAAGCAGCUGGGCCUGGCCGAGGCGGCGGCGGAGCCGGUGCUCAGCAGGGACGAGGACUCGGAGGAGGACGGUGACUCGGAGGCGGAGCGCGAGACGCGGCGGGUGACGGCCGUGGCGGUGAUGGCCGCCGAGCCCGGGCACAUGGACAUGGGCGCCGAGGCCCUGCCGGGCCCCGACGAGGCCGCCGCGGCCGCCGCCUUCGCAGAGGUGACCACCGUGACAGUGGCCAACGUGGGCGCCUCGGCGGACAAUGUCUUCACCACGUCGGUGGCGAACGCCGCCUCACUCUCGGGCCAUGUGCUGUCGGGCAGGACAGCCCUUCAGAUCGGGGACAGUCUGAAUACCGAGAAGGCCACGCUGAUCGUCGUGCACACGGACGGGAGCAUCGUGGAGACCACCGGGCUGAAGGCACCCACUGCCCCUCUCACCCCCGGCCCUCAGUCUCCUCCGACUCCUCUGGCUCCCGGCCAAGAGAAAGGUGGAACUAAGUACAACUGGGACCCAUCGGUGUACGACAGUGAGCUGCCUGUGCGCUGUCGAAACAUCAGUGGCACAUUGUAUAAGAGCAGGCUCGGCUCAGGAGGCCGGGGGCGCUGCAUUAAGCAGGGGGAGAGCUGGUACAGUCCUACCGAGUUUGAAGCCAUGGCAGGAAGGGCCAGCAGCAAAGACUGGAAGAGAAGCAUCCGCUAUGCGGGGCGGCCGCUGCAGUGCCUCAUCCAGGAUGGGAUCCUAAACCCUCAUGCCGCUUCCUGCACCUGUGCCGCCUGCUGUGAUGACAUGACCCUGAGCGGGCCCGUCAGGCUCUUCGUCCCCUACAAGAGGCGCAAGAAGGAGAGCGAGCUGCCCGCCACGCCGGUCAAGAAGGACACCCCCAAGAACAUCACCCUGCUCCCCGCCGCCGCCGCCGCCACCUUCACCGUGACCCCCUCAGGACAGAUCACUACCUCUGGCGCGCUGACCUUCGACCGGGCGUCCACCGUGGAGGCCACCGCAGUCAUCUCGGAGAGUCCGGCCCAGGGCGACGUCUUCGCGGGAGCCACAGUACAAGAAGCAAACGUGCAGCCCCCGUGCAGGGUCGGCCACCCGGAGCCCCACUACCCAGGGUAUCAGGACAGCUGUCAGAUCGCACCGUUUCCGGAGGCCGCGUUGCCAACAUCUCAUCCCAAAAUAGUGUUGACAUCCUUGCCCGCCCUGGCGGUGCCUCCCUCCACCCCCACCAAAGCCGUGUCUCCCGCUGUGGUCAGUGGGCUGGAGAUGUCGGAACAGCGGAGCUGGCUGUACCUGGAGGAGAUGGUCAAUUCCUUGCUCAGCACCGCGCAGCAGCUGAAGACGUUGUUUGAACAGGCCAAGCAGGCCAGCUCCUACAGAGAAGCCGCCGCGGCCCAGGCCAGAGUCCAGGCGGAUGCAGAGCGGAAAGAGCAGUCCUGUGUCAACUGCGGCCGGGAGGCCCUGAGCGAGUGCACCGGCUGCCACAAGGUCAACUACUGCUCCACCUUCUGCCAGCGCAAGGACUGGAAGGACCACCAGCACAUGUGUGGUCAGUCGGGAGCUGUCACCGUGCAGGGGGACGACAUCCAUGUCGCCGAGGGUGUGAUCGAGAAGGUCACCGUGUGAGG